GGGCCACCAGAGAGCCAGGAUUCUUGAAGCAUGAAGUGAUAUUUGCAUCCUAGUGCACACCCUACUGGAUACAUUUUGGAAUGCUGAAAUGCAGAGUGAACCAUCCUAUCUGCACUAGUGCCCUCCAUCAGAUCACACGGCUGCCACUAUGUAUAGCGACUGGGUGUCGCUCAGUAUCGCCGUGCAUGACCGCGAGUCAGAGACACGGAGCGUGCUGAGCCGCCUGCCGCCGGCUGCCGGCCAGACUGUGGUGGCAGCUGUGGUGCGUGGCCUGGCAGGCACGCUUGGCAUCACGGCCGCGCCCCAGCCCAGCCCGCUGGCUGCAGCCAAUGAGGUCGACUGGUGCAUGGAGGUGAUAUGCUACGGCCUGAGCCUGCCUCUGUCGGAACACGACACCAUCCGAGACUGCGUCAACGUGUACUGCGAGUGGCUGACAGCGCUCCUGCCCACGUCCAAGCUGUGUGUGCCCGAGGCGGUGCGCGAGCGGCCCAACCUCUACUCGCGCCGCAUGCUCAACCACCUGCAGAACCUGUUCGUGCCACGCAGCGACCAGUCGGUCGACACCAUCAACCGGCAGGCGGUGCUCUGUCACCGGGUGCUGCGCACUGUGCAGACGCUGACGCACGAGUCGGAGCGGCUCGAGCCGGACACCUGGUCCACUCUGCUGCUGUUCCUGCUCACCGUCAACGACUCGCUGCUCGCGCCGCCCACCGUCAAGGACGACAUCGGCGACCAGAUGUACGAGCGGGUUCUGGGUGUGCUGUUCGAGGUGUGGAUCCAGGCAUGCUGCAAGUGCUUCCCACCGCCGCCGCUCUGGAAAACGUUCAGGGAGAGCUGCCUGCACUGGCGCCACCGUCCCGGCCUGGUGGACCAGUGGAGCUGCGUGAUGACGGCGCUGACUGCCCGCCUGUUGGAGUCGAUGUACGGCCCGGGCUUCCCGACGCUGGCCGUCCCGGAGGAGGAUGCGGUGCCGGCGGCCAUGUCGGCAGAGGCCGUGGCGCAGACCUGGUAUCGCAUACUGCAUACGAUUGGCAACCCGGUGGAGAUGAGCAGCGCGGCGGCGGUGAGCAGCACACAGCAGUUCCUGCAGUACGCCAUCAGCAGCGAGGCGGUGAUCGAGCCGCACCAGCACCCGUGCCUGGCGCAGCUGCCGGCCAUCUACCACCGGGCCGUGCGUGCCGUCGCCCUGCUCGUCAACGCCUUCCUCGGUGUGACGGAGCCGGCGGCUGAGCCGGCCGCCCGCAAGGACAGCUCUGGUGCCGCGCCGACGGCGGCCGCUGCCGCUGCCGCCGCCGCUGCCGCGUCGCCGCUCAGACUACCUGAGCAGGCAUUGCAGCUGGCUCCUGGUCGACCCAAGUGCAACAGCAUCCUCCACCUGUUCGGCGCCUGGCUGUUCGAGGCUGCCCUGGUCGGCACCAGCGUUCUCAGCUCGGCCAAACGCACCCAGGGUCAGAGCAAGCGCGCCAGCGCGGCGUACCUGGACUCGCGCAAGUCGUCGACCAGCUCGCAGACGCCGGAGCCGUCCGAGCUGCCGGCCGCCGUGACGGCCGACAAAUUCGAGCGCGGCCGUGCCGAGGCGCUGGGCGCCCUGUGCCGCGUGUUCUGCGCCAAGAAGACGGCCGAGGACAUCCUGCCGUCGUAUCUGGCCAGCUUCUACCUGGUGCUGCACGAGGCGCUGUCCGACCGCGAGACGUCAGAGGUGAGUCAGAACCUGGCGGCGAUCCUGCUGAACUCCUCCAGCCUGCUGCAACUGGACCUGGACGGCGUCAACUGUCUGCUGCCUGCACUCACCGACGCUGUGCACCACGUCAUCGCCUCGCCUCGCCCCAUCACGGUCAGGGACAGCGACGUGCCGGGCUCGGCGCUGCGGCGGGCCUCUGUCCGUCUACUGGUCUCCAUGCUGGCGCUGCCCCUCCACUUCCAGGGACUGACGAUCCGCGAGCCGGUGAGCGGCGACCGGCCGGCCGUCAGUUUCCUGCAGCUGCGGCCGCGCCUGGUCGGCCUCCUCAUCAGUGGCCUGCAGCAGGAGACGGACACAGCCAACUGUCAGAUGAUGCUCGGCGGGCUGCUCAUGUGCGUACAGGACAGCGCGCUGUACGAGGAGUCCAGCCAGAUGAUGCCGGACCCCAUGUCACCUGGCCAGGCUGCCUCCUCAGCGGCGCCCGACAGCCUGAGCGCCUGCAGUGACGCCAGUUUCCCAGAGGACUCAUCCGAGGAGCCGCCGGCUAUUGACUCGGCGCGCGGCCUGUACGUGCGCGCCAUCUACCUGGUCUGCCACCGACUCAUGUCCUCGUGGAAGGCCGAUCUCAACAUAUCGCUGGCGGCGCUCGAGCUGCUGGCCGGCCUGGCGCGCGUGCGACUCCAGCAGCAGGACGCGAUGGAGUGCAAGCGUGCGGUGAAGUGGCUCUGCGACUACAUUUGCCACCAGUGCUCGCGCCCGCCGCCGGCGCACUCCAAGGACCUGCACUCGACGAUCGUGGCCGCGUUCCGGUGCGUGUCCGUCUGGCUGCUGGAGCACCCGUACCUGCUGGAUGACCGGGAGACGCUCUCCACACUGCUGGAGGUGGUCGAGCUUGGCAUAUCGGGCUCCAAGUCCCAGGCUAAGUACGGGGAGCCGCCGGUGAUGAAGCAGGAGAAGCAGCUGAAACCGGCUUCCAUGCGGGUGAAGGAGGCGGCUGAGGCGCUGCUCUACGUCCUCAUGGAGCAGGUGGACUAUUUCCCGUCGCCGAGCGGUGUGUCGUCGCUGUCGACGCACCUGACCGAGGCGUCGCUGCUACAGCACUGUCACCCGGGUGCCGCGCCCGCCCAGCGGCGCGCAGGGCUCGCACAGUUCAAGUACUUUGUGGCCGAGAGCCUGCUCAUCGCCCUGCUCGAGCAGCCGCUCGGCAACGACGAGGACCCGCAGCCGACGGUGACCUGCCUGAUGCGUGGCCCGUCGCUGCGCACCGCCUGGAUGCUGCAGCUGCGCCACCUGCCGCGCCACAAGUCCGGCGCCCGUCUCGCCUCGUCAGCCAACCCGGGCCGGCCGCUGCCCAUGUCGGAGGCGGCCGCGCGCCACCCGCACACGCCCGCCUUCUUCCCUGAGACGGUGGACCGCAUCCCGGUGUGCAAGGCGGACCGGUCCAUCCCGAGCCUGGAGUCGCUGAUACAGGAUCAGAAGUCAGCGUCGGAGCACAACCGCAUGUUGCACCUGAUGGAGCAGCAGACGAGCCGGGAGGGUCUGGCGCGUCGCUCGGCGGCCGUGCGCACGGCCAGCGGUCUGAACCUGGACACGGAGUGUGUGCCGCCGCCACCCAGCCAGGAGUUCCAGACGGCCCGGCUCUUCCUCAGCCACUUCCAGUUUCUGGACGACUGUGCCGUGGGCGCCGCCCGCCAGCAGCUGCAGCCGUCUUGGCGGGCGGGCCGCCAGCUGGUGGCGCUAGACGCUCUGGCCGAGGGGUUCGCCGCCGACCUGGACGCCCUGGAUGCCACCACGUUCCGCACAUGCGACACCGUGCACGUGUACUACGUGCGCGACGGACAGACAGAUGCCGCCAGCGUGCUUACCAACGGGGCGUCGCUGGGCGCGCUGGACGGUCCGUUCACCGAGUUCCUGCUGUCUCUGGGCUGGCCGGUGGACGUGACGGUGCACCCGGGCUGGACGGGCCGGCCCCAGACCUCGUUCAACACGGCCCAGCACCGGCCAGCGUCGCCGCCAGCGGUGCCGCCGGCCGCCGGCCCGCUGGCGUUUGACGGCGCGCGAUGGGCGCUCUACUGGGCUGACGCGCUCAGCGAGGUAGCGUUCGUGGUGCCGAGCCCGGCGCUGCCGGCCGACCGGGCCGGCGCGGCGGCGGAGGCGCGCCGACGCGGCGGGCCCGACCCGCCCGUGCUCGUCGUCUGGCUGGAGAGCUACGACGACCAUCUGUCGUUCCCGCCGCCGCUGGCCGCCGGCCAGGAGAGGGCGGCCGCCGACACCGCCGCCUACAUCAUCUUCAUCCACGCCCUCCAGAACCGACUCUACCGCAUCCACCUGCAGGGGCCGGCCGGAAAGAUGACAUUUGCGUCGCCCCUGGUGGAAGGCAUGGUCGUCAGCAGGCGAUCUCUGGGCCAUCUGGUGAGGCAAACCGUCAUCAACGUCUGCAUCCGCCGCCGCCUGGAGAACGAGAACAGCCACCCGCCGCACGUGCGCCGCAAGCAGAAGAUCCAGGAGAUGCUGCUCAAGUACCAGCGGAACAUGUCGCCGCCCGAGUUCUACACGCAGCUGUUCUCGGUCGACUGUUCUCAGUGCUGACGUCACGUGUCCUGAUGACGUCACGGCAAUGCCUUGAGUUGGAACCGCGUAAGCGCAGGAUCACACCCACGUUAGAGCAAGCUGUAUAGAUUACGUGACUUGUUGAGAAAAGCUUUCCACGCCUUCACCACUUACAUGUUGAAUUCGCGAGCGGCAGCUUGUAAAGCUUGCUUGCUAUGGGGUCUGGAUCGCCCCCGAUUGGACCGGGCGUCUGUGUUGCUGCUUUGAAUGCCGGCGGCGUCCACGCCCCGAUCCGGCCAAUGGGUGUGCGGAUGGCUAGCGUCAGAUCGCUGACAUUCGGUAGGGUAGGCCUGCUGACUUUCGGUAGGGCAGACCUCUCGUGCUGACAUUCGGUAGGGUAGGCCUCUCGUUCAAAUAGCGCUGUUAUUUGUUUUGUAUCGGUUGCUGGUGAACCACCGUCCUUUAUGCGGUUAUGUAUACAGUUAUCGGCGAUUCCAAUGCCAAGAAGGCUUAGAAACCAAGAAAGCCAAGGAGGCUUUGGUGCGUGCCGUGAAGUCUCUGAACACCUGAGGUGUGUGGGUGGCGCGGACCGCUGUGUUGUUGCUAGUUACCAAAGCGCUGGCGCUCUUCAACGCCUCGAUAUAUUGUGGCACGUUUGGAAAUGGAAAACUGUGGGCGAAAGCAUUUCGCGCAUACGACAGAGGGACGCUUGUCCUGUUUUGAUGUUUCUAAGAAUAUAUUUGCUUUUAAGCA